AUGGUGGACGAGGAAAAAAGGCUAGCAAUGCCCUACAUUUAUGAAGCCAUGGACAAGGCAAAUGAAGCAAUUCGUGAUGCUUUUGAUGGGAAAGAAGAAAAGUAUAAGGAUGCAUGGGAAAUCAUUGAUAAGAGAUGGAAUAGUCAACUCCAUAAGCCCUUACACGCCGCCGCUCAUUAUUUGAAUCCACAAUUUCUUUCUACCUAUACCUCAUUAUAUAUUUCGGAUGAGAUUGGGGAUGGAUUCAUUUUAUGUGUGGAGAGAUUGAUCCCGAACUUUAGCGAGCAAGAAAAUAUCUACUCUCAAGUUGGAAUUUAUUCAAGGUUCACAGGGAGUUUCGGGAGGGGAAUGACGAUUAGACAAAGGUGUUCGAUAUCUUCGGUGAAGUGGUGGCGUGGGACACAACCUCCGAAAUUGAGAAUAUUUUCCAUCAAAGUGUUAAGCCUCACGUGCUUUAGUGGCUCGGAGGAGCCUACGUAUCGAACUAGGAAAAAAGCUCUAAGUUUCAAGUCCAAAGAGGUUGAUAAGGGAAAGGGGAAAGUAAUAGACUUGGAAAAGAGAAAGCCAAUUUCCUUCCGUAAAGGCUCAAGUCUAAGACAAAUUGAUGAAGAGAAAGAAUUUGUAGAAGAUGACUUGAAGUUGCUAGAGGAAGAAAAUGAAGAGCAAUGA